AUGCAAGCAACUGGCUCAGGAACUGUACGAAGAUCGAUGCGACGAAUAUUGGAAAUUAAUCUUGGAUUAAAAGCUUACAAAAAACGAAAGUUACAUAGAUUAUCUUUGAAGCAAAUGGACGCAAGGCACAGAAGAUCGAAAUCGUUGUUGAAACGGCACGAUGACGAAUCCGUGAAAAAGAUCAUCUUUUCGGAUGAGAAGCUAUUUGUGGUGGAAGCAAAAUUGAACGCUCAAAAUGAUAGAAUUUAUUCUUUGGCCAUCGAAGAUAUACCAGAAAAUUUGAGAACCGCUCAACGCUUCCAGAAAUCGGCUUCGAUGAUGAUAUGGGGAGUUAUCAGUCACAAUGGCAAAAUUCCAUUGAAAUUCGUCGAUAAGGGGAUUAAAAUUACUGCUCGUUAUUACCAAGAUGAAAUUUUGCGCUCCACGUUGAAGCCCAACGUGGAUUCGUUGUAUCCCAACGGUCAGUGGACAUUUCAACCGCAUUCAGCCCCUGCCCAUAAGGCGAAAACGACGCAAGCGUGGUUACGAUUGAAUUGUCCAGAUUUUACGUUUUCUGAAGAAUGGCCGCCGUCGCCGCCGGAUUUGAAUCUGUUAGACUUCUGCAUAUGGGGAACUUUGGAAUCGGUUGUUAAUGCGAAGCCACAUCGCAGCAUUGAUUCUUUAAAGCGGAAAUUGAUUCAAGAAUGGGAUCGUUUAGAUAUGGAUUUGGUGCGUGCCGCGAUCCAUUCUUGGCGAAGACGUUAA